UGUUGGGGACCUCUUGUUUCCACCCCAUGGCAUUGAGAACCCCUUGGUGUCACCCCAUGGCAUUGGCGACCCGUUGUUGCCACCUCAUGACAUUGAGAACCCCUUGGUGCCACCCCAUAGCAUUGGGGACCCCUUGUUACCACCCCAUGGCAUUGAGAACCCCCUGGUGCCAUCCCAUGGCAUUGGUGACCCCUUGGUGCCACCCCAUGGCAUUGGGGACACCUUGGUGCCACCCCACGGCGUUGAAAAACCCCUGGUGCCACCCAAUGGUGUUACUGACCCCUUGUUGCCACCCCAUGGCGUUGGGGACCCCUUGUUGCUACCCCAAGGCAUUGAAACCCCCUGGUGCCACCUCAUGACAUUCAGAACCCCUUGGUACCACCCCAUGGCAUUGAAGACCCCCUUGUUGCCACCCCAUAGCACUGAGGACCCUUUGGUGCCACCUCAUGACAUUGAGAACCCCUUGUUGCCACCCCAUGGCGUUGGGGACCCCUUGUUGCCACCCUAUUGCAUUGAGAACCCCUUGGAGACACUCCAUAGUGUUGGUGACUCCUUGUUGCCACCCCACGACAUUGGGAACCCGUUGGUGCCACCUCAUGACAUUGAGAACCCCUUGGUGCCACCCCAAGGCAUUGAAAACCCCCUGGUGCCACCCCAUGGCACUGGGGAGCCUUUGGUGCCACCCCAUGGCAUUGAAGACCCCUUGGUGCAACUCGAUGGCGUUCGUGACCCGUUGUUGCCACCUCAUGACAUUGAGAACCCCUUGGUGCCACCCCAUGGCAUUGAAGACCCCUUGGUGCCACUCGAUGGCGUUGGCGACCCCUUGUUGCCACCUCAUGACAUUGAGAACCCUGUUGGGGACCUCUUGUUUCCACCCCAUGGCAUUGAGAACCCCUUGGUGUCACCCCAUGGCAUUGGCGACCCGUUGUUGCCACCUCAUGACAUUGAGAACCCCUUGGUGCCACCCCAUAGCAUUGGGGACCCCUUGUUACCACCCCAUGGCAUUGAGAACCCCCUGGUGCCAUCCCAUGGCAUUGGUGACCCCUUGGUGCCACCCCAUGGCAUUGGGGACACCUUGGUGCCACCCCACGGCGUUGAAAAACCCCUGGUGCCACCCAAUGGUGUUACUGACCCCUUGUUGCCACCCCAUGGCGUUGGGGACCCCUUGUUGCUACCCCAAGGCAUUGAAACCCCCUGGUGCCACCUCAUGACAUUCAGAACCCCUUGGUACCACCCCAUGGCAUUGAAGACCCCCUUGUUGCCACCCCAUAGCACUGAGGACCCUUUGGUGCCACCUCAUGACAUUGAGAACCCCUUGUUGCCACCCCAUGGCGUUGGGGACCCCUUGUUGCCACCCUAUUGCAUUGAGAACCCCUUGGAGACACUCCAUAGUGUUGGUGACUCCUUGUUGCCACCCCACGACAUUGGGAACCCGUUGGUGCCACCUCAUGACAUUGAGAACCCCUUGGUGCCACCCCAAGGCAUUGAAAACCCCCUGGUGCCACCCCAUGGCACUGGGGAGCCUUUGGUGCCACCCCAUGGCAUUGAAGACCCCUUGGUGCAACUCGAUGGCGUUCGUGACCCGUUGUUGCCACCUCAUGACAUUGAGAACCCCUUGGUGCCACCCCAUGGCAUUGAAGACCCCUUGGUGCCACUCGAUGGCGUUGGCGACCCCUUGUUGCCACCUCAUGACAUUGAGAACCCGUUGGUGCCACCCCAUGGCAUUGAGAACCCCUUGGUGCCACCUCAUGACAUUGAGAACCCCUUGUUGCCACCCCAUGGC